AUGAGUUACCAAGUUGAAGUAUAUACAGGAGACAUACUGCAUGCUGGAACUACAGACAAAAUCAGUAUCAAGCUGGUUGGCACUAAAGGAGAAACUGAAAGUAUCAACUUCUCCACUUUGGGAGGCUUUUGGCGUGGAUCAGUGCGCAAGUUUGAACUGAACUCCCCAGCCUCAGUAGGCACUCUCUUACUGCUGGAAAUUCAACUCAAACCUCUCUUUGAUUUUGGAGAGAAUGACUGGUUCUGCUCCAAAGUUAUUGUGACUACGCCUGAAGGUGAUAAGGUCCUGUUCCCAUGUUACCGUUGGUUUAGUGGUGAUGAGAAGCUGGUCCUCAGAGAUGCUCCAGCAAGGACAAUACUAAAGGAAACUUAUGAUAUAAGCAAGGAACAUCGAAAUAAGGAAACUGAAAAACGCUCCACAGUGUUCAGAUGGCAACUAUAUGCAUCCGGCAUGCCCUAUAUAGUGAAGGCAGACAGUCCAGAAGCUUUACCUGAGGAGAUCAAAUUCUCAUUCACCAAGAAAACUGAGUUCGAGCAUACUCAAGCAGCCGCAAUCUUUGAGCUGAAGCUAAAUGAACUUGUUCAUCGGAGAGAGUCAUGGACCAAUUUUGAGCAACUUGAUCAUGUCUUUGCUGAACGAAGGACAGCAAUCUUUGAAUAUGUUCGGCAACACUGGCGAGAGGACGAGUUUUUUGGCUACCAGCUUCUGAAUGGGAUGAACCCCAUGAUGAUCCACAAAUGCUCAGAGUUGCCCAAAAAGUUCCGCGUCACUGAUGACAUGGUCAAAGCCUUUUUACCAUCUGGGAGCAGCUUAAAGAAUGAGAUGAAGCUUGGAAACAUCUUCAUCUGUGACUACAAGCGGCUGGAUGGUCUGCCUGGAAAUGUAAUUCAUAAGGAACAACAAUACCUGACGGCUCCCAUGUGCCUACUCUUCAGUAACCCUGAGGGCAAGCUGUUGCCCAUUGCCAUCCAGCUGAAGCAGGAGCCAGGAGGGGAGAACCCCAUCUUUCUCCCCUCAGAUUCUGAAUCUGAUUGGCUGCUGGCCAAGAUUUUUGUGCGGAAUGCUGAAUUCAAUGAACAUUCACUGCACUUCCAUCUGUUACGUACUCACCUGGUGGCUGAGGUCUUUGCCCUAGCAACCUUGCGCAACUUUCCUACAGUGCACCCCUUGUUCAAGCUCCUGAUACCACAUACCCGCUACACGCUCCACAUCAAUAUCAUGGCUCGACAGAUGCUGGUCUCAGAUGAUGGUUUUUUUGCUGAGAGCACUGCCUUAGGGAAGGUGGGGUUGCUAACGUUACUGAGGAGAGCAUCCUCCACCUUAACCUACAGCUCCCUGUGUCUGCCUGAUGACAUCAAGGCUCGUGGUGUGGAGGGCAUUCCAAACUACUACUACAGAGACGACGGCCUCAAGCUGUGGAACAUCAUCAACAAGUAUGUCGACGGUGUGGUGAGAUACUACUACAAGUCCAAUAAUGAUGUCGUCAAAGACACUGAGCUGCAAAACUGGAUUGGAGAGAUACAUAAGUAUGGCUUCCUGGAGAAAGGGAUCUCGUCAUUCAAGACUGUGGAUGAACUUAUCAAGUUUACUACCAUGGUGAUCUUCACUGUAUCUGCCCAACAUUCUGCCAUCAACAAUGGACAGUUUGACUUUGGCGGAUGGAUGCCCAAUCUGCCCAGUACCCUAAGACGUCCUCCUCCCACCAAAAAAGGAAGCUCAACAGAGGACUCCAUUCUGGAGACACUGCCAGGCAUUGGUGCAACAAUAAACGGAAUGGCUACAGUGUAUGUUCUGAGCAAGACUUAUUUAAUCCGUACCCCACUUGGAUAUUAUCCAGAGGAGCUGUUCAUUGAAAAGACACCUCUCGAGAUGAUGGACAAAUUUCAGAAGGAACUGAAGUUUCUCUCCGAUGAAAUUGAGAAGAGGAACCAACACCUUCCACUUCCAUACAUUUACUUAAACCCUAAGGAAGUGGACAACAGUGUUGCUGUUUAA